UUUUUGACUCUGGGGACAGAAAGCAGACCUGAUCCAGACCACCUGAUCAAUUCUUUGACAGACAGGAAGCCGAUGUAAUGAUCUGAGAACUUGAGUGAUGUGAUCCAUUUCAUAGCGCCGCCCUCUCUCCUCCCCAUCACUCAAUAUCUCUUCCUUCCUCUCCUCUCUCUCCUCCGCCUCCGCCUCCUCCUCCUCCUCCUCUCUCCGUGUUAUCAGCUCCGGUGGAUGUAGAUUCAGUCAGUGUGUCUCCGUGUGUGUGUUCAGUCAGUAUGGCGUCUCUCGGCCUCUUGCUGCUCAGCACCGCUCUGAUUCACACCGCUCAGUCUCUACCCGCAGCUCGUGGUGGUGGGCGUGGCCUGGAUGUCUCAGUGGGCGGAGCCAGACGCCAGCGCAGGGAUGUCCGUAACCUGCUGCCCUACGAAGAGCAGAUGAUGUCAUAUCCUGCUGCGCAGGGAGGAGGCGGAGCCAAUGACCUUUACUACCAGUCAGACGACUGGAGGGGGAGGGGCUUGGACCAGGCCUUGCAGCGAUUGGUGGAGAGAGACCAGAGGCGGGAGCAGGAGGAGGAGCAGCGGGCAGCCUACCUGGCCUCCCUGCUCCGCCUACUGAAUGAGGCAGAAGAUGCGGGAUUGGUCGGUCCAGGAGACGUGGAGGUGGUUGAGGAGGAGGAGGAUGAGGAGGACGAUCAGGGGCCACCAGGGGACUUCCAGGGCCCGGUUCCCCCAGACUACGACGAGACGGGGCGGGGGCUGAGCAUGGGGAGGCCACCAGCUGCCUGGUGGGGCCUCCUGGAGCCCCAGCUGGCUCAGGCUCUGCUAGACAGGAUGGAGCCUCAGGUGGCUCAGGCUCUGCUGGAGAGAGCGAGACAGGAGAGACUCCAGCAGGCGGGGCGAGUUUCAUCCAGACUGAACAGAGACCAGGACACUCUGAGACGUAUGGUUGCUAGGAUACUGUCCAGCAUUGGCCCUGACAACGCCCAGGUUAUCUCCUCCAGUCGCCGAAUGAGGAGGGACCUGUCUGUCACAGGAGCUGAACCUGCUAGCUCCGCCCACAGGAGAACCCGACGUUCCCUUGACGAUAUGGCCCCUCCGGCGCCUAGCAACGAGCCCCCUCUACUCAGGGUGAAGAGGCUGGAAGAGGAGGAGGAAGAGGAGGAGGAGAGGCUCCACCCCGCUGCCGGGCUGCAAAGGAUGAAACGCAUCGAUACCAUGGCAACCACCGCCAUGGAAGAACUGAACCAUGGGAGUCGUAGGCGCCGGAGGAGAGCUGCCCCGAACUACGACCCCCAAAUACUAAUUGAUCAGAUUCUUGAGUAUAUGAGGGAGUAAGAAGAGGAGGAGAGGAGAGGAGGAAGGAUGGAGGGAGAACAGGUGAAGGAGGGAUGAGGAGGAGG